UGUGAUUGGUCUAUACGACGCUUCGAAGUAUUUGCAGCCUUUAAUGGAUCAUACUCACAAGCGCUUCGUUUCGCUGAAUAUAACCUCAUUAAAUAAUCGAAAAUCAUAUAGUGAAAAGUGAUGAGACAAAAACGAAAUUUGUAAAAACGUGGGACCGCAUCUCUCUUCUGCUUAAAAGGAAUAAAUAUCUACGAAAGUAAACGAAAAGAAUAAAGUUAGCGGUGUUGCAAUAAUCUACAAACUAUCAUAGAUAUACUCUCGCGACCGAAAGUUUACACUUAGCAACGAGCAUGGCAGAGAAAUGCUCAGUGAAUACCGACGACGGAGAUUGCCCUGCAGCAAAGAGAAUCAAAUUGGGAGACAACGACGGUAAGAAGAAAAGUGCGGUCGAAACGGAUGGCGUGUGCGAACGUACGAAUAUGUCGAAUUUCGAAGUGACGAGAGUGCUACAAAAUAAUUGCGCGCGUAAGUUGAUAUGCGUGGAAGGGACAUUCAACGAUCGCGCGGACCCGGCAAUUGUUUUGCUGGAGCAAAAGAGUUUUCCCGAUGACAAGGUGUUUCUGAAGAAGGGGUUCUUCAGCGAAAAAACCAUCUAUCAGAAGAACUGUACCAACGACGUUUACGGGAAUUACGAUUGUUUCCCGACCGAGGAGUAUAACAGUCUACGUGCAACUGUGAUACACCCUGCUACACCGAAUCAAAUCAAGAAGUACAUGAAACAGGAAUCAUCAUAUAUGAUAGAUGAAACAUAUGAACUCUACCAGCAAGUCACUCUUCCUUACAUAGAGUCUAUGAGCUUGAGUUUGGAGUGGAUAACUAAUAUUCUUGAGCACAAGGCUGAAGAAGAAAAUAUUAUUUAUGAGGAUACUGACAAGGAAAAUGGUUUUGUCCUAGUACCAGACUUAAUAUGGGACAAACAGCUAAAUACAUUAAAGCUGCUGGCUUUGCCUUUAAAAAAAAUUAAAUCGCUAAGAGAAUUGAAUGGAUCUCAUCUUCCUUUAUUAAGGAAUAUACAAAAAGCUGGGACUGAGGCAAUUAGUAAAAAGUUCAAUAUAUCUGCCUCACAACUUAGAAUAUAUUUUCAUUAUCAGCCAUCAUAUUAUUAUCUACAUGUACAUUUUUGCUAUCUCAUGUUUGAAGCACCAGGAAUAUAUGUGGAAAAGGCACAUCUUUUAUCAACUGUUAUAAGAAACUUGGAAUUAAUGCCAGACUACUAUACAAAGGCUGUUCUCUCAUAUAUGAUACGUAAAGAUACUCCUCUUUAUGAAAGAUUCAAAUCGCAUGGAGUCCUACCAUCAGACAUUAAAGUGUGAAAUGCACGAAACUGUAAAUAGUGUAAA